AUGUCUGAAUUUCAAUAACUUACAUAAUAAAAGGUAUCAAUUGAGCAAAACUAAGAAAUGUUAUAGAAUUGGAUCUCUUUAAAACAAAACUUAAGAUCCAAAUUUAAAAGUUCACAAGAUGCAUUUAAAACUUUGAAAAAAGAGGGAUCCUUAAUAUUAACUAUUGAAGAUUUUUAAGAAUAUUCCAAAGGACUGGAUUUGUAAAUCUUAUCUUUAUUUAAGGUCUAUGUUAUUUAAAGAUGUUGAGUUAAAUGAAGGGAAUUUUGGGAGAAUUUGGGAAAAUUGGGAAUAUAAAUAAAAAUAAAACGAACAUAAAUUAUAAAUAAUAAAUGAAAAACUGAAAUUAAUAUAGAUGUUAGAGAAUAAGGAAUAAAAUAAUGAAACUAAGGCAGAUGUGACAUCAAAUAAAAGUAUUUAAAGACUAAUUAGCAAUUGCGAAUCCCUUGAUUAACUUUAAGAAAAGCUAGAUAUGCUUGUAGAAGAAGGUUAAAAGCAAAAAAAUUAAUAGGACAUAGUUUAAAAUGAAACAGAUUGCUUUUCUAUUUACUUGUCUAAGAAAAAUGAAUAAUAGGCUGAAGAGCUUUAUAUUAGUAAAUUGCAAUUAAAAUCUAAUGAAGAUGUAGAAGGACAUAAUUAAAUUGUCAAAAAAAAUAUCAAAAGUUAUAUUGAAAGCUAACCCCAUCAUAGAAACAAAACUGAACUUAGCAGUGGUACACUACUCUAAAGUACCCUUUUAAAUAAAGGAUCUUUAUCAAAUAUUCCUAAAUCUUAUAAAUAAUCAUAUAUUACAGAACCUCUUCUUUAGAAUUCUCCUUAAAAAGAAUGCAUUACUGUUCGUGCAUAGCCGAAAUAGAAUUAAUAAUAAAUAAAUAAAUCCCCCUAUGAUGAAAGAUAAUAAGAGGAAAGAAAGAGUCACAAAAUUAACAGAAUGAAAGGAGACCUAUAGUCAUAUAUAUCUUAAUUAUUUUUUCAUGAGAGGGAAUUUAGAUAAAAUAAUAUCAUAUAUCAUAAGCCUUCAAAAUAAGACUAAAAAGGCUUAGCUGGAUUUUAGAAUUUCAGACAAAAUUUAAAAAAUCAACAAGAAAAGCUUUAAUUUGUUGAACUUGAGGAUUCUAAUACAUCGAAGAGAUUUUAGGAUAUAAGGUUAGAUAUUGUUAAAUUUUAGAUACAAGCUAGAUGAUUUUUAAUAACAUAAGCUAUCAUAAUAUAAUUACAUAACAAAAACUCAGCCAAAUUUUAGCCCUGAAAAAACUGAUAGAACUUCAAAUUCAAAACCAAUAUCAAAUUAAACCAAUAAAGCAAAUACUAAAUAUUCUCCUGGAAAUAUUCAUAGAUUAAAUUUAGAAUUUUUAAAAUAAGAAAAAGAAUAAAAUAAUCAAAUUAUCUAAGAUAAGUAAAUUGAAUCUUAAAUAUUAGAAUGA